GGUUACAAUCUCUCGAUGACGGCUUACCAUAAAAAACCACCGAUCUCUAAGGUCUUGACUAUUCUGUUGAUCGAGUAAACUCUGCGCCAUUCUCUCCAUCCUGGACAGACACGGGAUGACUUUCUCGAACAUCCUAAAGUACCUAACGCAUGUGGGUGACGCCUUCAUCAUCACGGAUGUCCAACAAAACGAGAUGCAGUUUGACAAGAAACAUAAAUAAGGCAACAUUCCCAGAGAGGUUUUAAUCUUGAGGAAAUGUUUCCAUCAAACCAAAUCGCGCCGUUCUCCCCAGACGUCAGAAAAUCGGAUGAAAAAGAGACAUCAAAGCUUUCAACAAAACAAAUCCUGACAUCAAGGGAGAAGUGGCUCGUCUUUGCGGUCAUUAUAUUUUCCGUCGCCCUUCUGGUCUUCCUCGGACUUUUCAUCGCCUUUUGCCUUAAAUACAAUGAAGUCAAAGACGCAGCUGCAGCUGCUGAAAGUGUCUGCAAUACGUUUGAGUGUCUGGAUUCAGCUGCCUACAUCGCCAAAAGCAUUAACAUCAGUGUGGAUCCUUGUGAGGACUUCUACCAGUUCGCGUGCGGACGCUGGUUGGCGGAGCAUCCCAUACCCGCUGACACCGUAUCCAUACAACCCAUUACGAUCAUAAAUAGGGAAAUCAAACAAACGCUGAAAGAACUUCUUACCUUGAUGACCCAAAGGCUCCACAAGCAGUCAAGCAGGCACGAGCAUACUUCCGGUCCUGCAUGGAUGUCGAUACCUUAGACAAAUUGGGCAAGAAGCCACUACUCAACCUUCUCAAUUUGAAUGGAAGCGGCAUCUACCCGACACUUCAACCAUCCUGGACAGACACUAGUAUGAAUUUUUCGGACAUUGUUGGGUACCUCACGACUUUGGGUGACGUCGGUUCUAAAGCCUACAUCCUCAUGGAAGUCUUCUAUGACGUGACGCAGUCAGAAAACAAAAUAAUUUGGUUCUCUCAGAAGGAUGUGACACUGAGUCCCCCAGACACGUACCUGGGAGAGAGAAACAGCACUGACCUGAAGUUCCUGGAAAAGCUGUAUCGCGAUGUCCACGUGGCACUGGGUGCAGACGCUACACAGCUGCUCAAGAUGCCAAAGACGUGGUGGACUUCGAGAUUGAGCUGG